CCCAGCCCGGCCCAGUCCCGGGAGCGCAGUCGCGGCGCGAUGGGGAACCUGCAGGGAUUGCUGCCUGAACCUGCCCACACCUGUGCCCUCAGCCUCUGCUCCCGGCACAGGGGCUCCGUGCCCCAGGACGGCGCCAGGGCCAGCUCUGUGCCCAUCCCCCCCAUUGAGCCCCCGAGAUACUCGCGGAUCAAGAACUGGGAAGUGGGGACCAUCGCCUACGACACGCUCAGCGCCCAGGCCACGCAGGAGUUGCCCUGCAGUGGGAAGCGGUGUCUGGGCUCCCUCAUGUUCCCCAAGCAGAUGGUUUGCCAGGCAGCUGAGGGGCCCCCACCCAAGGAGAAGCUGCUGCCCAUGGCCCGGGACUUCAUCAACCAGUACUACAGCUCCAUCAAGCGGGCUGACUCCAGGGUCCACGUGCAGCGGCUGCAGGAGGUGGAACAGGAGAUCGAGGCCACGGGCACCUACCAGCUGCUGCAGCCCGAGCUGAUCUUUGGGGCCAAGCAGGCCUGGCGCAACUCCGCCCGUUGCCUGGGCCGCAUCCAGUGGAACAAGCUGCAGGUGUUCGAUGCUCGCGACUGCGCCAGCGUCCAGGAGAUGUUCGGGUUCCUGUGCACCCACCUCCAGUACGCCACCAACCGAGGCAACCUCCGGUCGGCCAUCACCAUCUUCCCGCAGCGCGCGCCAGGCCGGGGCGACUUCCGCAUCUGGAACAGCCAGCUGGUCCGCUACGCCGGGUACCGGCAGCCCGACGGCUCCGUGCUCGGGGACCCGGCCAACGUCGACAUCACCGAGCUCUUCCAGCACGCUGGACCACCUGGGCACUGGCCUCUUGAUGUCCUGCCCCUGCUGCUGCAGGCACCAGACCAGCCCCGGAGCUCUCUCCUGCCGCCCGAGCUGGUCCUGGAGGUGCCCCAUCCAGCAACCCUACGUGAGCUGCCAUGGUUCGGGGAGCUGGCCCUGCGGUGGCACGCGCUGCCCGCUGUGGCCAACCUGCUGCUGGAGAUCGGGGGCCUGCAGUUCCCGGCCGCCCCCUUCAACGGCUGGUACGUGGGCAGCGAGAUCGGCAUGCGCAACUUCUGUGACAGCCACCGCUACAACCUGCUGCAGGAGGUGGCCAUGCACAUGGGGCUGGACACCCGGAAGACCUCGUCCCUGUGGAAGGACAAAGCCGCGGUGGAGAUCAACGUCGCCGUGCUGCACAGCUUCCAGGUUGCCAAGGUGACAAUCGUGGAUCACCACGCGGCCACGGAGUCCUUUGUCAAGCAUAUGGAGAAUGAGCUGCAGAUGCGUGGGGGGUGCCCGGCCGACUGGGUCUGGAUCGUGCCCCCCCUCUCGGGCAGCCUCACGCCCGUGUUCCACCAGGAGAUGGUCAACUAUCUGCUCUCGCCAUGCUUCCGGUACCAGCCGGACGCCUGGAAGGUUUAUACCUCGAAGGGCACCAGCGUCACCAGGAAGAAAACCUUCAAAGAAGUGGCCAACGCGGUGAAGAUCUCGGCCAAGCUGAUGGUCCACGUGAUGGCGCGUCGCGUCAAGGCCACCAUCCUGUAUGCCACCGAGACGGGCAAGUCCCGCACCUACGCCUGGAACCUGGGCGAGCUGUUCCGGCACGCCUUCGACCCCAAGGUUGUCUGCAUGGACGAGUACGACAUUGUCAGCCUGGAGCAUGAGACCCUGGUAUUGGUCGUGACCAGCACCUUCGGCAACGGCGACCCGCCAGAGAGUGGGGAGAGCUUUGCCAAGGCGCUGAUGGAGAUGUCCUGCCCCUAUGUCAGCUCCACGCAGCCUGAGCAACAAAAGAGCUACAAGGUCCGGUUCAACAGCGUCUCGCAGAGCGACGGGCUGGUGGCCUCCUGGAAGAAGAAGCGGAAGGAGUCGAGCAACACGGACAGCGCCGGGGCCCUGGGCACGCUCCGGUUCUCGGUCUUCGGGCUGGGCUCCCGGGCCUACCCCCACUUCUGUGCCUUCGCCCAUGCCGUGGACACGCGACUGGAGGAGCUGGGGGGGGAGCGCAUCCUGGCCAUGGGGGAGGGCGACGAGCUGUGUGCCCAGGAGGAAGCCUUCCGCACCUGGGCCAAACGGGUCUUCCAGGCCGCCUGCGACACCUUCUGUGUUGGGGAUGACGCCGAGGAGGCCGCCAGGGAGGUUUUCACCACGCGGCGAAGCUGGAAGCGCCAGAACUACCAGCUGGGCAUCUGCACCGAGUCCCUGGACAUGCUGACAGGUUUAUCCCACGUGCACAAGCGCAGGGUGUUUCCGUGCCGUGUCCUUUCCGUGCAGAACCUGCAGAGCCAGGAGUCCAGCCGCUCCACCAUCCUGGUGCGCCUGGACACGGCCGGGCAGCUGGAGCUGCAGUACCUGCCCGGGGACCACGUGGGCAUCUUCCCCGCCAACCGCCCUGAGCUGGUGCAGGAGCUGCUGCAGCGCGUGGAGGACCCCCCCCCUGAUGGGGAGCCCGUGGCCGUGGAGUUCCUGGAGAAGGCAACCAGUGGCAGGCACGCCAGCCCCAAGGCCAGCUGGGUGCCCCUCAGCCGCCUGCCGCCUUGCACCCUGCGCCAGGCCCUCACCUUCUUCCUGGACAUCACCACCCCACCCAGCCCCCAGCUCCUGCAGCUGCUGGCCAUGCUGGCAGAGGACGGCGCCGAGCGGGAGCAGCUGCAGCGGCUCAGCCAGGACGCCCAGCUCUACGAGGAGUGGAAGUGGUUCCGGUGCCCCACGCUGGGCCAGGUGCUGGAGCAGUUCCCCUCGCUGGUGCUGCCCGCCUCCCUGCUGCUCACCGAGCUGCCUUUGCUUCAGCCGCGCUACUACUCGGUCAGCUCCGCGCCCGGCGCCCACCCCGGCCAGAUCCACCUCACUGUGGCCGUGCUGGCCUACCGCAGCCAGGACGGCCAGGGGCCCCUGCACUUUGGUGUCUGUUCCACCUGGCUGGCCCAGCUUCAGGAGGGGGACAUGGUGCCUGCCUUCAUCAGAGGGGCCCCGUCCUUCCGGCUCCCGCAGGACCCCAGUGCCCCCUGCAUCCUGGUGGGUCCAGGCACCGGCAUCGCCCCCUUCCGGGGCUUCUGGCAGCAGCGGCUGCACGACAUGGAGACGGAAGGCCUCCGGCCGGGUGAGAUGAUCCUGGUAUUUGGCUGUCGCUGUGCCCGCCUCGACCACCUCUACCAGCAGGAGGCGCUGGAGGCCCAGCAGAAGGGGGUGCUGAGCCAGGUGCUGACAGCUUUCUCCAGGGACCCCGACGUCCCCAAGGCCUACGUGCAGGACGUCCUGCGGACGCAGCUGCCGGGCGACGUGUACCAGGUGCUGUGCCAGCGCGGGGGCCACCUCUACGUCUGCGGGGACGUCACCAUGGCCACCGGCGUCCUGCAGACGGUGCAGCAGAUCCUGGCCCAGGAGGGAGGCAUGACGCUGGCUGAGGCCGGAGACUUAAUCAACGAACUCCGGGACCAGAACCGCUGCCAUGAGGACAUCUUCGGCCUGACGUUCCGCACGCAGGAGGUGGCCUCGCGGAUCCGCUCUCAGUCCUUCUCGGCGCAGGCACGGAGCCCGCUGGACCCCCCCCCUGAGUGACCCCUGGCUCCUCGGCCCAUGGGGGUGGGAGCAGGGCCCUUUGCCCCACUGCUGCUGCCUCCCCCCCCCGCAGCCCCCCAAUAAAGCAUUUAGUUUUGAUAA